AUGUCCGAUCUGGUUCUGCACCACACGACAGUACUGAAAACAGGAGUGACUCGGCUCAGUUACUGGGUCUUAAAACCACGAUUCGUCAAUCAUAUAACGAUCCCUCCUAGUGGAGAUUCGAGAGCAGUUUGCAUAGAAAGAGAGAGGCAAGCCCUUCUAAAGUUCAAAGAAGGUCUUACAGAUCCCUCCAACUUGCUAUCUUCAUGGGUGGGCCAUGAUUGUAGCAGAUGGAGAGGAGUCGUCUGCAACAACAGAACAGGGCAUGUUGUCAAGCUCGACCUCGGAAACCCGCGUCCAUUCAACAUCGACGAUUACAACAGGAGGUCUUUGGGCGGUGAGAUACUUCCUUGUUUGCUUGAGUUGAGGCAUUUGAACUACCUAGACCUGAGCAAGAGCAAUUUCAACGGGAUUCGCAUACCAGACUGGAUAGGUUCGUUCAAGAAACUGAAAUAUCUUAACCUCUCAAAGUCAGGUUUUGGUGGAGCAAUCCCUCAUCAGCUUGGUAAUUUGUCGAGCUUGCAUUUUCUUGAUCUCAAUAACGACUUUGGUGUGUCUUCAGAUUAUUUUCUUCGUCAGAAAUUGGAUGCCAACAAUCUUCAAUGGCUCUCGCUUCUUUCUUCCCUGCGAUUCCUUGACAUGGGACGAGUGAACCUUAGUAUGGCAACUGAUUGGCUACAAGUAACCAAUACUCUUCCUUUGUUGGAAGAGUUACGGUUAGCCCAUUGCCAACUUCCCAACGUUCCUGCUUCCCUUCCACAUGUUAAUUUCACUCGUCUUUCUGUUCUCGAUCUUUCUUCAAACUCCAUCGAAUCAAAGAUGCCUGCUUGGUUGUUUAAUUUGAGCAGUCUUCUUUUUCUUGAUCUCAGUAAUAACAUGUUUAAUGGAAAUCUUCCAGAAAAUAUUGAUGAUAGGAUGCCUGAAUUGAAUUUCCUGUCUCUUUCUCAGAAUCAAAUCGAAGGUGGAAUCCCUCUCUCUGUGUGUAAAAUGAAAUAUUUAGUAGUUCUUGAUCUGUCACAAAAUCAGUUAUCAUCACGAAUCCCUGGCUGUUGGCAUGAUUCUAUGGUAAUAAUGGUAAUGGAUUUAGGAAACAAUAAUCUAUCCGGUGAAAUUCCUGACUCAAUGGGUUCUUUACUUUUUCUCAAGUCAUUGCACUUGAGUAACAAUAACCUUUCUGGAGAAGUUCCUUCAUCUUUGAAGAAUUGCACCAGUUUGGUUUCACUUGAUCUUAGUGGCAAUCAAUUCACUGGAAACAUACCUGUUUGGAUUGGAGAAAGCCUAACUUCUUUGAGGUUUCUAAUGCUUCGGUCGAACAUGUUUUAUGGAAACAUUCCCCCACAGUUAUCACUUCUGAGUGCUCUUCAGUUGUUGGAUCUCGCACAGAAUAAUCUAUCAGGAACCAUUCCCAGUAGUUUCAGCAACCUGAGUACCAUGGCUGUUUUACAGAGAGAGGUCAUGCCCGUUUUGUAUGACCUCUCUGGCACUAUUGCGAAGAUAACAAAGAAAAACAGAACCUCAGUCGUGGUACCAAUGAUUUAUUUGGACAGCUAUGGAGAGGUAAUCAGCUUGGAUCUUUCAAACAACAAUCUAUCUGGUGAGAUUCCUCAAGAACUUACUGGUCUUUUUGGAUUGGUCUUCUUGAAUUUAUCGGGAAAUCAUUUAACGGGAAUGAUACCUGGGAGUAUCAGCAGAUUGCAGGUACUAGAAUCCCUGGAUCUGUCAAGAAAUCAGCUUUCUGGUGUGAUUCCUCCAAGCAUGACUAAUUUAACUUUCCUAAUUGCGUUGGAUCUGUCAUACAACAACUUGUCAGGGCCUAUUCCAUUGGAACGACAGUUUUCAACCUUUACCAACUCAUCAUUCAUUGGCAAUCAUGAUCUCUGUGGUGUUCCGCUUUCAAAGCGAUGCGGCGAUGAGUCUCCAAAGGUUGGUAGCAAAGACAGAGAAGAAGAAAGAGAAGAAAGUGCCGAUGCUCGUGAAUUGAUAUUGCUUUGUACAAGCAUAGAACUGGGAUUUGUGGUUGGGUUUUGGGGAUUCUGUGGCGUUUUAGUUUUCAAGAAGCCUUGUAGGAUUGCCUAUUAUCGAUUCAUGGACGACAUGAAAGAAAGAUUCCUAUCUACAGUGGAAAGAAAGACUCCUAUCUACAGUGGAAAUAAUGUUAUUUUCAUCUACGGUGAAGAUUUGUGAGCAUGUUUGAUGUAGAAUGUUUGUUUCUGAUGUUUUCAGUUUGAUUUUCUGAAAUACUGUAAUUUCCAUAAGACUCGUUUGAUGCAUUACUUUCAUAAA